UGAGAGAGAGGAGAGGGAUUCUUCAGCAGGAUUUCAGGGGUGAAGGACUGCUUCCUGUAAGCGUUCAAAAUGCCGGUCAUAAAUGUGGAGGAUCUGACAGAUAAGGACAAGGCUGUGAUGGAAGUAAACCAGCUUAAACUUGAAGUCAAACUCGAGAGGUGGUUGACAUCUAAAUGCUGUGAGGAAAUCAAGGACUAUAUUCAGGCUCUAGUGGAGGAGGACAUCCUCGUCAAAGGCAUAUCAGAGGAGAAGAACCCCUUCAAGGAGAAAGGUGGCUGUGUCAUCUGCUAGACUGGACCUAAGGAGCUUUUCAUAUCUCAGAUUAGUACCCAAGGACGUUCACCCAGCCCUUGUAAAAUGGAUUUGCAGACUGAGAUGACUAGAAGGACACAAUAAAGAAAACAUUUAUGAUUUCCCAAGUAAAACAAUUCUUCAUCUUGGGGCCAGAUUUGUAGCCUUCUAAUACUUUUUUUUAAAUUUUUCUUUU